UCGAAAGAUAACCCUUGCUUUGAUACAUUGACAACAASAAACGUAGAAMAUAUYUCAUCCCGACAUGAUUUCGACCUUGGGAAUUCGCACCACCGCAAUCGCCCCCUUGGCAAUUGUCGCGCUCUUCGUUGUUCUUAUCGUUUCGUCGGAUCCCACCAGUGCUACCGCAACCACAAGCAGCACUCCCGUUCUUGGAUGCGAAACAAAAGACUCUUUAGGAUGCGGAGAUAUCAUCAUGCUCGAAGACUUCACAAAUCCGCGGCACAAGUGGAAAGAAAUGAACGAUCCGGGUGCGUACAGCAUUGGAACGGAUCGAUSRAUCGAUCAAUCGAUGUUCUUUUUCAGUGAUACUCGAUGUCACACUAUAUCUUGCCUGAUGCUGWUGCAUUUCCCUCAACUUUCUUGCUCCUGUCCCGAAAAAUAUUCUUGUUCUGUCGCUCAUAUUCACGAUUUCGUGUAACRCAAAAAUUCCRUGCCAAACCAUUUUGUUCCGUGGAACAGUCAUGGGAGGAAAAUCGACCGGAACCUUCACGGUCGAUACCGACCAAAAGGUAGGGAUCUUUCACGGCUCGGUCGAAAUAGUAUCSUUUCUCGAUGCWCCCGGAUUCGUCAAGGCCGAAACCACACGCGGCGAAUCCUGGCCCGACGUUUCCACAUGCAACGGGCUGAGGUUUGCCUUGAAGUCAUCGACACCAUCCUACAAGGGAUUCCGUGUCAGCUUUGGUCACAAGCGGCCCCCGGGUUCCUUUCCGUACAYUUACGGAUUCAAGACCGACCUCCACCUACCGGAGAGCGACGGAACAGACGAAGAUGAAUUCCAGCAGAUCGAGCUCCCAUUUGACUCCUUUACCGACAAGUGGGACGCCGGGAGCGGGGACGCGAUUGUCACCUGCAAAGAAAACAAUGAGUUCUGCCCGGACGCUGAGUCGCUGAAGGAUCUUUACUCCAUCGGCGUGUGGGGGGAAGGCGUCGAGGGAAUCGUCGAUUUGCAGAUUCGGUCUAUUUCUGCCUACGGAUGCGCCAGCGACGACGCAAACAACAGCAGCGACGCCAGCGACGACGGUGAAGACGAAUCUUCGGUCGUUGCGAUCGAAGACUUUUCCGACCCUAAGCAUGAAUGGAGGACCAUGAACGAUCCCGUCAUGGGGGGUCAGUCCGAGUCAUCUCUGGAGCUCCACGAUGGAAUGGCGUCCUUCGAGGGAACCUGUGCCAUUGUUCCCUUCUUGCACGCUCCGGGGUUCAUUACCAUGACCACUGGUGCACACUAUGGCCCGGGCAAUCCUUUCAAGUCAUUGUUCCGCCGCUCGACGACCAACAAUAGCAACAAAGGCGAGUCUUCCUUUCCCGAUGUUUCUUCCUGCAAGGCCCUCUCGAUCACGGUCCGGAGCCGCGACGCGGACACGUACGAGGGAUACUACGUGAGUUUCGGCACCGACCGCGUUCCCGGGGGGCACCACGCCAUGGGCUACAAAAYCCACUUUACCGUUGAUAGCAACAACGAGUUUGUGGAGCUGACCCUGCCCUUUUCCGACUUYAGCGCGCACUGGGACGAUGCCACCGGAAAGACCACGGURACCUGCGAGGAAGAUCCAGCGGUGUGCCCCACCAUCGAAACCCUCAGAGACAUGAAGACCAUCUCGUUCUGGGCCGAGGGCGUCGAGGGAACGAUCGCCCUGGAYAUCAAGUACAUUGGUGCCUCUGGUUGCGACGGCGAGCCAGCCCCUGGGGUCAGCGCGGCGGCGGGAAUGGUGGUCGGAGGGGCCCUGUCGAACACCGGCAUCGAGCGGCCGUGCUCUCUGGGAAUGCUGGCAAUGGUUUCUGUAUUGGUCCUAUUGGUGGCACGCUCCCGCGGCCGCAGGGGUUCUCGGGUAUCGCAGUCUUCYGAGUAUGUGGAAGUCAAGCAACAAGCGAUCKUUGUGUAGGGUUCCGAUCCGGCCCCACGAGCAAGCAAAUCGAACUAGACUUUUGUUUCCGUACACAUUUUGUUUGCACCUCUGYAAUUUGAUCUGUAACUUCGUGUAGUAUUUAACGAGCCUAAAAUUAACCCCAAAUCCCAAACUACUAAAACAGCWUUAGUCCA